UUGGAAAAGAAACCAGAGAAGAAAUUAUAAUUAUGAAUCUCCAAGGUCACACCACACUGGACCUGCUCCAAGGCCUCCUCCCCAUCCUGCUGAAAAGAACUCGAUUGCAAUGAGUUUUGUGGCAGAUAUUGCUUUAAAGGAUCAGGAUCAAGUCAAUCAAACUCCUAAUCAGUAAUCCAAGUAUCAUCAGUUUCAGGACGAUCUUUCCGAAGAACAAAGAAGCAUUGACUACCACCAACUGGGGAAGUACUCUAGUAGGAAAAUAAUUAUAAUAACCGUAACUCUAAUAAAACAUUUUCAAUAAUUAAUAAUGACCCUAACAUAAAUAAUAAAAUCUAUCAUUUCAUAUGUUUACGCCUAACAUAAGUGCAUAAUUUAAUGUCAUUAUCUCCAUCAAAAACUGGACUGGAAUCUAAGUUGGGAAUUGUUCUUUCUCAUAGUAGGUUGAGAAAGUACAGCUAUGUGACUUGGUUUCAUUAUCAGGUCAAACAAUUCUAGAAGUUUUAAGACUUCUGAUCCAUUGAUCAAGAUGGUUUUAGCAUUCACAUCAAUGAAUGGGGAAUGCUUGUGAAAUACACCAUAGCUGACCAUCAACCUGAAAUUAGAAUUGAAUCAUAUAUCUGAAUUGUCUGAACCAUUUUUCAGUAAGUUUCUUAUAUUCUGUACAAGACAUAAAGUACAAGUUGAGGUCCAAAAAGCAUUAGAUAACAAUGUCUUUAAGAUGAUUUUGGCUUGGAAAAGCUUCUAGAGAGGCUAGUUAUAAUUUCUGCAAAAAUAUGUCUUGCCUUUUAUUUGGAAAAAUAAUUAUUGUUUUUAGCAUCUUGUUUAUGGUCUUAAGAAAUGAAUGUGGGGUAUUUGUGUUGGAUUUCUUCAAUGGAUAAUUAUGAAGUUUAUGGGUUUUCAACUGUAUUCGAGUGAUCUUCUUUUCCUACUCCAUAAUUAUCUCAUAUUGUUGAGAGGUUAGGUAGGCAUGUGGUGAAGAUGAUACAUGAUUUCCCCAAUUCUUUUACCUCCAAGGAAAGUUAACCUAGUAAAUAUAAAUUUGUUUUUUAUUUAUGUAUUUAUUUUUUUAUGAUUGGUAUUCAUGUUAUACUGUAGAAUACGCUUUUGACUAUGAUGAUGGAUUUGAGUAGAGUUUUAACUGAUAACCAAUGAUUCAUUCCUGUUCAGGCUUGUGGCAGAACAGUGUGCCUUCAUGGGAAAAGAGAUUCUGCACUUCUGUAGGAAUUCCAUGGGGAAAGGUUGUGGAUGCCAAGAAAUAUAUACACUAUCAUGUUGAUGUGCUUAACUGGAAUGACUUGGCUGGUGAAGAGGCUUUCCACAAUGCAAAGAGACGCUUUUGGGCAGAGAUCAAUGGUAUCCCCUGCAGCAUCUCUCAGCCUGAUCCAGAUAUCUAUAUUGACAAUAUUGAUUGGAAUCCUUACAUUGAUCCUGAACUAAUGCGGAACUUGGAUAAAGAGUUCUUUGCUCCUGAUGAGAGAGAACAAGAUUGCAAGUUGGGGGAUUCAAAUCAAAAGACUAACUGUCCAUUGCCUGGUCACACUGCAGAAGGGUAUGAUAGGAAUCCAGCCAGUGGUGACAAUCCCUGGGAGUUGAAUAUGCCGAAAACUCUGAAGGAUAGAGCAUGGGCUUGGGACAAGUGGGGUGGUUGUAAAACUGAGUUGAGGAAUUUGGAUAAAACCAACUCCCAAGUGUCUGGUUAUGCUACAGAAGGGCAUUAUAGAAAACCUGAUGGUGGUGAUAGUCCUUGGGAAUAUUGGAACGUGCAGGGAGUUUUGAAGGAAAAAGCACGGGUGAGGAACCAGUGGGGGGGAAAUAUCAAUGAGUCAAGGAAUUUGAAUGGUGAUGAUAACCGUUGGAAGCACAGUUGUACUUGGGCUAGUGGUGCUGUGAGGGACAAUUCAUGGGGAAAUUGUGAGGGUAAUUCAUGGAGAAUGUGGAAUGAGGUGCCAAAGCCUAUUAAUCAGUUAAGCAAUUUGGAUAAUGGUGUUGAUAAUUGGAACAGCAGCUGCAACCAGGCUAAUGCAGCUCAAAGGGACAAUGCAUGUGGAGGUUGGAGCCAGGGAUGGAACUAUCAGAAUAAGUCAACGAAUUUGGAUACUGUGGAUGAUCCUUGGGAACGUGGCUGUCAUGGCACUGAAUCUAUGGGGUUUAAACAAGGGGGAGACUUGGGGAAUAAUCCUUGGGGAGGGAACCAUUGGGACAACAGUAUUUAUAAGCAAAAAAAUGUAUUUGAUAGUCACAGUCCUUGGAAAUACUGUGCCUUUCAGGGUACGGAAGCUGCAAAGGAUAGAAGUGAUAGUGGAGACAAGUCACAGGGUUGGAAACAGUGGGAGAAUCAUAAUAAUGAGCCAAAAAAAUUGGAAUCUAGGAAAGUUAGUGGAGGUUGGGGAGUCUGGAAUGGUGGUUGCCGGAAGAGAGAGGGUUCUCAUAAAAAUACAUCGAGUUACAAAUGCUCAAGGGUUCAAGGUGAUAGUUACCAAACAGGUCAUUGGGGGAGGAAGGGAAGAGCAAAGAAGAGGGUCAAUUUUUUCAAUGGAGUAGACAGUAAUGAAUAAAAUGCCUCUGUUAUGUGAUGAUGGAAUUCCAUCAAUUUUGCUGCCGAUUAAUCAUCAUCGACCUGGAGCUGGCUGUCUUGACAUCAUUAAGCUAUGAUAUUUUCUGUUUGAUUUUUUCUGCAGGCAGGGCCAACUUAUUUGCUUCUUCUUUGCAGUUUAUUCAACACCUGAACAAUAAACUUGUCAAAAUCACUACAGAGUUGUUCAAAAGUUUUUAGGACUUCUUUUCUCUUUCUUUGAGAAGUUACAAAACCAAUGGUGAGGGACCAGGGGCGAGGGCUUUAAUUUGAAUGGAUAUUGAGCCCUUUGGCCGUUGAAAUCAUUACUGCUUAAACCUCACAAGCACUAGCGGAUGAUUUUCUUGCUACUCAGAUUUUAGUGAGAAGUGUCGGUGAUUGAACAAGUCAACAUGCAAAGGGUCUUGCCAGAGCCAUGAUUCUUCCCAGGAAAAUAAAUUGUUCAUGUUAGUGAGCUCAGUCCCACAGUUGGAAGUCCCAAGGGAACCAAGAAGAUAAUGCCCAACCAUGACAAGGUUCGACUCACUCCAGACUUGAAGAGACAAAUUCAGUAGUUAUAACAAAAUAUUCUUCCAGUUGGGCAUCUGUGAUCUAACAUAUGAUAGUUGACACCUCUGUGCCCAGCCUGGCUAUAUCUAUUUUUAUGAAAUUGACUGGAGCUAAUCUUGAUGUGGAUACCGUUUUCCAGACCUAGUGCAGAGAACCACUGAACCAAGCAUUCAGUAGUGCCUGAAGGAGCCUGUACUUUAGACACAAUGAAGCUAUGAUUUUUCUGGUGAUCCCAUAAUCUUGACCUUUCAAGAGUUUACAAUCCGAUGUUCUGUUUGCUUAGUAUCCUGGAAGACUUAAUGAAGAGUUGAUUAAUGUAGAUGCUUCCUUGUAUGAUAAGAGAAUUUCUGUAUGGAAUCAUUGUAACCUUUUUCUUUUAAUGGGCAUCUUAUACAACAAUCCUCAGGUUUCAAGUUGAAUGGUUUGAGCAGUUUAUUCUGCCUGACUUUUAGAAAA